AUGCGACGCCUGGGCGUGUUUUGCCGUGGGCAGCGGAACUCUCCAUUGCUUACGCGCGGCAUCGCUACAGGUGGGCGCGUGACUAAUGAGGACCGGCGCUGGUGGCUUGUACACCUUGAAUGUGCGCCCGAUGUAACGCCUGGCACCUUCAUCGCAUGGCUUGACUGCUGUGGAACUCAUACGUGCAAGAAGCUAAUCGAGCGAAAUAUAUGGACCAUUGAGCAGGUCGCCGCACUAGACUCUGAUCAGGUCGAUGAACUGAAGUAUAGAGAAGGUUGCCUCAAAAUGGAUGUGGUGUGGGAGCACGCCCGUACAAUUAUUACACCGCUCCGACAACGCGAGGUUACUGGAGGUGUGGAAUCGGAAUUGCAGGGCCGAAUCAUGGAACUGCGCAAGAAGCGGGAGCUGGAGCGACGGCGAGAGGAGAUUCUGAAGGAGCGUGCAAACGUCUCAGAGCAACGGGAAGAGACACUCAGGAAGUUGCGCGAGGCGAUCGCAGCGAAGAAGGCUGCUAUGCUGCAGAAAAAGCAGGCGGCGUCGGAGGCAUAUGGUGGAAGUAGCGACGGUGGCGCCAGGAAAGAGGGGGCUGAAGAGUAA